CUUCAUGAAUAUAAGAAGUCUCGCGGCAAGAUUGGAAGUCGAAGGGAUUACAGUGUUACAUCCGGUGAGAAUGGGAAAAAUAAGCCUGGCGGUCUUUGCCGUGCUCUUCGGCACCCUCAGCACAGCAUCGGCGGCUCCACGAAAACCAGGCUGUGAGCUCGAGAUCCUGGACAAGUGCGGCGGCGAGCUCUUCGUUUUCGCUACCUCCGAGAAGAUCGCCAUCAACGCGCAGGAACUCGAUGAAGUUUGCGCUCGUCAGGCAGAGGCAGAGGAAUGUGCCCGCGAUUACCUGAAGAAAUGCACGGAGAGUAUCGUUCAGGGCAUCGGAAGUAUCUUCCUGGAUGACGUUAGGGACGAAAUCGAAACGAGGUGUGAGAAGGACAGCGAGUACCAGAAGCGUUACCUCGAACACGCUUCAUGCUUGAACAGCAUUGGUCCUGGCCUCCAUCGUUGCAUGCGAAACCUUACCCUUGACCUCGACACUGCCGCUCAGCUUCAAUCUAAGCACAGGAUAGGCGGUGCUUGCUGCAAAUUUAACGUCUUUGAAACCUGCUUCGAGAACGCCGUCAAAGGCAAGUGUCCCAGCGGAGCCGAGGACCUCGCCCGUAACUUUGUGCAGAAAUAUUCCGGCGAACUCCUUUCUACCGUGUGCGCACCAUACAGAGGCAAUCUCGACAAGUGCAAGUCUAUCGUCUUCGAUGACAACCUCAGGGGAGAUCCUAACAUCCGAUCUGCUCUCACCCCUCUGAUCAAGGUCGGAGAAGCUCUCGGCUAAGUCACGUGCCCUUGCUGCGAGCGAUAUUUACGGUAGUCUCUGUAAAAUACGUCGAUUUUAUCGUGUCAUCAAUGAAACAAAAUGAGUCGCAGAAGACGGGUGAUAAUUACGUGAAUUUACGUGUUUGAAAGUGAUGGCGUCAUACUAAAAUGCUUCAUCUAUUGUCGCACAUGUUCUCAUCUUAAAUAAACUAUGUUUGACGGUU